AUGUCAUAUACCCAAUCUAAUAUACCCGUCAGGGCUCCACCUAUUCAAAGUGAUUAUGAAUUAAUAGACGGUGAUCCAUAUUUUGGAAGAGUUGUAUCAUAUUUCAGACCAUCAGAUUAUUUAAAAUGGGGUAUAUCAACAGCUAUAGUACCACUAGGUAUACAAUUAUGGGAAAGACUUGAACCAUCUUUGGGUAAAGGUAUGAAACCAUCUCCAAUAAGUGGAACAACAUAUAGAGCUGCUACAGCAAUUGGAUUUUUUGGUGGUUUUUUUUUAGCAUAUAUACAUUCAAGUCAAAGAUUCUUGGGAUGGAGUGAAAAUAAAAGAGAAGUAACAAAAGAUAGAUAUGAAAUAAAAAAAUUAUUAAGUCAAGGAAAAUUACCAUAUCAUGAAAAUGAAUCAGUAUUAGAUGAUAGAAAUAAAGAUAUUGCAAAUAGAAAUUCUCAAUAUAGUUCUACAUUUUUAUUUAUAAUGCCUUGGUUUAAUUUAGCUUAUCAUCCUUAUCAUCAAGUUAAUUUACAAAGAUAUUAUGAAACUAGACCAGGUGAAGAAAAUUGGGGAUUUAAUUUAAAACCUUUGGAUGAAAUAUAUGCAAAAUAUGAGAAAAAAGUUGAAUAA